UAGGUAGGGCAAGUGGCUCAAGGACUGCACAAUUUCAUCUACUCCAGUUCAUUUCAGUCUCUCUCUCUGCACAUUACAGUCGGGACAAGAGGACCUUCAGUCUCACUGGCAGUUGUCAUAAAAUAAAAUAGUUAAAUAUAUGAGACAGCAGAGCGAGUUGAAAUCCAACGAGGUUGUUUUGGAGUCGGAUGAGUCCAUGGACCAACAAGAUUUUAGCGAGAUGUCUGGUUAUUCUAUUAACGACGUCAUAUACUCCGAAUGUUCCGCAAUGGAGCAAAUCGACACUUUUAUGAAAAACGUUCAGGUUUUGCUGGAUGCAGCAAAUUACAUUGAAAACCAUGAAAAGAACAACGGAAAAUGUGAACAUGGAUAUGCCUCAACAUACCCUGCAACUCAGAGCACGCAUCAUCAGAGACAACGGAAAUUCAAGAAUAAGAAAAUUGACAAUAUUCACCACAGGUCAGCACACAAUGAGCUGGAAAAAAACAGACGAGCACAUCUCCGCCUGUGUUUGGAGAGGUUAAAGAUGUUGAUCCCACUGGGACCCAACUGCAGUCGGCACACUACCCUGGGGUUGCUUAACAAGGCCAAGGGUCACAUUAAGAAACUAGAGGAGAUGGACCGGAGGAGCCAGCACCAGCUGGAAAGCCUGGAGCGAGAGCAGAGGCACCUGCAGAGGCAGCUGGCCCACCUGCAGACCCCCGGAGGCGGAGACAGGGACAGGGUCCGUAUGGACAGCCUAGGUUCCCCAGAACACUCUGACUCAGACCAAGAAGAGAUCAAGGUGGACGUGGAAAGCACUGACUUCUCCCAUGGAGAGUUGGACAGUAUCAGCACCAACGGCUGCAGUGACUUGGAAGACCACAACAGUCGGCAGAGCCUGGCCAGCGACGAGGGCUACUCCACCUGCAGUCUAAAACUGGCCUUUUCCUCCUAAGAACCAGCCUGAAGCUCCUCAUCCACACCUGCAGUCUAAACUGGCCUUCUAGGAAUCAUCCUGAAGCUCCUCAUCCACACCUGUAGUUCCUCAUCCAGACCUGCAGUCUAAACUGGCCUUCUAGGAAUCAUCCUGAAGCUCCUCAUCCACACCUAUAGUUCCUCAUCCAGACCUGCAGUCUAAACUGGGCUUCUAAGAACCAGUCUAAAACACCACUCCACCUGCAGUCUAUAACUGGUCCUCUACUACGAACCAACCUGAAGUUCAACUCCUUAUGCAGUCUAAAUCUGGACUCACCUCCUAAGAACCAGCCUAAAUCAAGAACCAGCUAAAAGCUAAACCCCACCUACAGUUCGAAAAGACAGAUCUUACCUCAACUGUAAAAUCUUGACUCUGAUGUGUCUGUUGCCCAUCUCCUCCUAAAACCAGCACAAAAACUACAUAAAACCAGCCAGAAGCUCACCAGUGACAAGGGCAACUUCCCCCCCCCCCUUUGGAAACCCCUAGAAGAUGACCAUCUGAGAAAAGAAACAAUUCUUGUCAAUCACCAAGCAAGUUACUAGGGCUUCUCUAUCUCCAAUCCAAACCAUUUUUCUUAUACAGUACCCACAGCUUGCAUAGCCCACAGUUAUACCCCAAAUCUUAUACAAGCCACCAAUGUUAUUCCUACCUUAUGAUUGAGAAAUGUAUUUAUUUUCCCAAUAUUUAUCGUGCUGUACUGUCUUGGUCAUACUUGAAUUAUGAAAUGAAUGGAUAAUAUUAUUUGGAUGUUUUGACAACUGUAAAGUUUGGUUUUAUAUAAGUCUUGUGGUUUUGAACUGAGCGUUGACAAGUUCUUAGACAAAAGCUAGUGCAAUGGUACACGACAAGCUAAAUGUAUCACUCUGGUCUGUUGUGAGAUGGACAUUUAUCCCUGUUGAGAUUUCAAAAUAAUUGUUUGUAUACAUUAGGCAGCUAUGAGAUAUAUCGCACUUCAAGGCCCAAGCACAAUUCUGAAGCAAUAACAUUUGCCAGUUAUGUCAACUCUUAAGUUGGCUGUUUUAGGCACACAAUUUUGGCCGUCAACACCAAAUUGAAUGUGCUUGUUUUGUAACUUCAAUAGCUUUAAUUACAAAUAGUAAUCAAUAUUAAGAUAAUGGUUUGAACAAAAGUCAUGUUGCAUGUGUAUUGAAUGUAGUUUUCAAUUUUUUUCAUCAUGGGCUUUGGAUUGACCAGUUGAGAGCUCAUGUCUUUGUAUUGAUGAACAACACAUGGCAGAGUUUUUACUUAGUAACUUAUUUGUUGCAUUGUAGCUGAGAAGCAUUCCAAUGUUAAAACCCUGACACUGUAUAUUCUGAGUAUUUAUGUAGAAAAAAAUCUAACUUUCCCCUAAUUGCACUGCAAGACUAUUCCACUAACCAAAUUGGAAAUGUCAUAUGACCAUACCCAUAUUUUUGUGAUACAACUAAAUAGAUUAUCACCACCAACUGUGUCUUAACAAGGCUAAAUUGACACUUGCACAGGUUUCUUAGUUCCAAGUCUUUAUUCAAUGUCAGUGUUGGGUAAUUUGUAAAAUGCACUAUGAAAAAGACUGGUUCUAAGAAAGUGUCUCUUAACACUACUGCGCUAAAUCAGCCAUCAAAGGUGACUUUUACAAAAGAACAUGCUGCUGGCCCCCUGCUACCAUUUUGUGUUUCCUGGUAGUGGUCCCUUAAACUUGAUCAAUAAACCUCUACCACCCCACGUAGGUAUACAAUGUC